UCCACCCCAUCUAUCCAUUUCAAAUUCUCCUCACUGCAGUCAACUUUCCCUUUGUUAGUACUCACUAUAGCAUAUAAUCAAUGACAAUUCCAGUAUAAAAUAUAGUUUUGGGUACUACUGCUAGAAUCAUUCUUAUAAUACAAAUUUCUGGCUAAUUUAUGUUACAAAGCUGCAAUGAAAUUCAAAAACUCUGCCUUUCUUUUCAGAAAACCAUCUUUUAAAUCAUCUCAUCAGCUUCCUUUGUACCCCAAUAUAACAACAUGUAAUUUACAUGGUAGAAAAUCACAAACAUUAGUAUGUGAUAUACAUGGCACUUUGCUUAGAUCACAAUCUUUUUUCCCAUAUUUUAUGUUAGUUGCAUUUGAAGGUGGGAGCAUUUUCAGAGCCUUUUUCUUGCUUUUGUCAAGUCCUUUUUUAUGUGUUUUAAAUUUUGAACUUCAAUUAAAAGUUAUGAUUUUCAUUACAUUUUGUGGAUUAAGAUUAAAGAACAUGGAUAUUGUUGGAAGAGCUGUUUUGCCCAAAUUUUAUCUUGAAAAUCUUAAUCUUCAUGUUUAUGAGGUGAUAAAUUCAGCAGGGGCUAAGAUGGUAUUUACUAGUGUGCCUAGAGUAAUGGUUGAAGGAUUUCUUAAAGAGUAUCUAAAUGUUGAUAGUGUUAUUGGGACUGAGUUGCAUACUAUUGGGAAUUACUUUAGUGGAUUGGUAUCCAAUUCAGGGUUGCUUAUAAAGCACAGAGCUUUAAAGGAAUUCAUUGGGGAAAGAAAACCAGAUAUUGGCAUUGGAACUUCAAGUUUUAAUGAUCAUCUCUUUAUCUCCUUUUGCAAGGAAGCUUAUGUGGUUAACAAAGAAGACAUGAAAAUUGGUGCAAGCUCAACAAUAAUGCCAAGGGAGAAAUAUCCAAAGCCUCUAAUAUUUCAUGAUGGAAGGCUAGCUUUCCUUCCUACACCUCUUGCAACUCUUUCAAUGUUCAUAUGGUUUCCUCUUGGAAUAUUUCUAGCAAUUUUUAGAAUCUCCAUUGGUAUAUUCUUGCCCUACAAAUUGGCCCUAUUUUUGGCCACUUUAAGUGGUGUGAAACUCAGUUUAAAUGGCACAGAUCCAUCAAGAUUAGAAAAUGGGAAAGGUGUACUCUAUGUUUGCAAUCACAGGACACUUUUGGACCCUGUUUUUCUUAGUAUAUUAUUGGGGAAACCUUUGACAGCAGUGACUUACAGCUUGAGCAAGAUGUCAGAGUUUAUUUCUCCUAUAAAAACUAUGAGAUUGACAAGAGAUAGAGAACAAGAUAGAGAGACCAUGCAGAAAUUGCUAAGUGAAGGUGAUUUAGUGGUUUGUCCAGAAGGAACCACAUGCAGAGAACCAUAUCUAUUGAGGUUCAGUUCCUUGUUUGCUGAGUUAACUGAUGAGAUUGUGCCAGUGGCUGUGAACACAAAUGUGACAAUGUUUUAUGGAAAUACUGCUAGUGGAUUCAAGUGCUUGGACCCAAUCUUUUUCUUAAUGAAUCCCAGGCCUAGUUGCACUAUUGAGAUACUUGGGAAGGUGCCUAAAGAGCUAACAUGCGCUGGUGUGAAGUCUAGAAAUAAAAAUAAAGAGCAGUCUGGUGCAUCAAGCUCCCGCUAUGCGAAAGGUUUGGGGAAGGGCCGGACCACAAGGGUCUAUUGUACGCAGUCUUACCCUAUAUUUCUGCAAAAGACUAUUUCUACGACUCAAACCCGUAAUCUCCUGAUCACAUGGCAAGGUGGGAAGUCUACACAUGAGGUGGCUAAUUACAUACAGAGACAAUUGGCUGAUGCAUUGGGUUUUGAGUGCACUAAGUUUACAAGAAGGGACAAGUAUUUGAUGCUAGCUGGAAAUAAAGGCCUAGUUAUGCAGAAUCCUUAGUUGUUCUCAACUUAUAGCAAAUGUGAAUUCAAGAAUCAAGAUCUA